AUGCCCGUCAUAGACAAGCUCGCCGGUGUCACCGGGUUGUCAGGACUACACCUGCUUCUCGGUGCCGUUGGCGUCACUAUACUGCUAUACAUCAUCGGCUCCGCCAUCUACAACGUCUUCUUUCACCCUCUAGCCUCAUACCCAGGUCCGCUCCUGCAGCGCGCCUCCCCCAUCCCCUUCAGUAUCCGCCAUGCCCUCGGCGUACAACCCUUCCACACGCAAGCUCUCCACGACAAGUACGGUCCCGUUGUGCGAAUCGCACCCAAUCACCUCUCCUUCACCGAUGUGCGCGCCUGGCGCGACAUCUUCGGCCACAUCGCCGGCAGCCGUCACGGCCAGGAGGAGCUGGCCAAGUUCAAGUCCUUCGUCCGCCCCAUCGACGCUCAACCCAUACACAUCAUCAGCGCCGGGCGCGAAAAACACGGGCAGCUGCGUCGGGCUUUGGCCAAUAGCUUUUCGGACGCGUCGAUGCGCGGACAAGGGCCGCUGAUUGGAAAGUAUAUCGACUUGCUGCUUCACAAGCUUCAUGAGCAAGGACAGGAGGGGAAGGUACCCCUGAAUGCAACGUCGUGGUAUAAUAGCGUGACGUUUGAUGUCGCCGGUGACCUGAUCUUUGGUAUGUCGUUCGGAGCGUUGGAUCAGAAUGGUAACCAUUCGUGGUUGCAGUACAUUCUAGGCAGCCUGAGCAGCUUAGCGCCGAUGGCGGCGUUAAGUUACGCGGGACUGCAUUGGCUCGUUCAGCUCCUCUGGAGGGCGAAGGGCGCGGAAGUGUUUAGGAAGAGUAUGGAGAGCGUUGAUCUGAUGUUGAAAGAGAGGUUGAAGAUGCCCGUGGAUAGAAAUGACCUCUUUGAGGGUUUGGUUCAACGCCAGGAGAAGCUGGGUCUCAGUUUCGAGGAACUUGCUUCAAAUGCCUGGCUUCUUGUGCUUGCCGGUGCUGACACAACAGCAACUACUCUCUCGGGCACAACCUACCUGCUAACGCAGCACCCCGAAGUCCUCAAGAGAGUGACCCAGGAAGUCCGCUCUUCAUUCAAAUCCGUUGAAGAGAUUGAUAUCAGCUCCGUCAACAGACUCACAUACAUGCUUGCCGUGCUGAACGAAGCUAUGCGUUUGUACCCCCCCGUCACAUCGUUGACAGCUAGGAUUGUGCCCCGGGGAGGGGCCCAUGUUUUGGGAGAGUAUUUACCUGAAGGAACAAUCGUCGAUAUCCAACAAUGGUCCAUGAACCACAGUAAGGAGAACUGGGUUGACCCCUGGGCUUUUAAUCCCGCUCGCUUCCUCGACGAUAAGGAGACAGCCAGGGAGAAGGGCAAUGUGCUCGACGCUUUGCAAACAUUCAGUGUCGGUCCUAGGAACUGUAUCGGCAGAAAUCUCGCCUAUGCUGAAAUGAGAUGGAUUCUUGCCCGUAUACUUUUCGAUUUCGAUCUGCGUGGGGCACCGACCAACCAAAACUGGAUCGAACGGCAAAAGGCGUACGGUCUCUGGGACAGAAUACCCCUUGAUGUGUACUUUGAGCCUGCGAGAGAGAGGAAGUGA